AUGGCAUCUUCAGUGACAGUCGCUAUUCCCAACGGCCAACCUGGCUACUCUUUCUCGCAUGCGCCCCAAGUCACAGUCAACUCAGGCCCACGCCAACAUGCUGGUUUCUACCCAUACACCGACAACGGUGGUAGUACUCUAGGUAUCUCGGGUGCCGACUUCACCAUCAUGGCUGGUGACACCCGCCACACCUCCGGCUACAACAUCAACACCCGUUACGCCCCCAAGCUCUUCCGCAUCGGCGGCGAAGGUCCCGAGAAGCAGGGCGCCCGCAUCGUUCUCUCAGUUGUCGGUUUCGCCGCUGAUGGCCACGCCCUUGCCGAGCAACUCGACACCAUCGUCAAGAUGUACCACUACCGCCACAACAAGCCCAUGACCGUCUCUGCCUGCGCCCAGCGCCUCUCUCACAUCCUCUACAACAAGCGUUUCUUCCCUUACUACGUUCACGCCAUUCUCGGUGGAAUCGAUGAGGAAGGAAAGGGUGCCCUCUACUCAUACGACCCUGUAGGCAGUUACGAAAGAGAGCAGUGCCGCGCCGCCGGUGCUGCCUCAAGUUUGAUCAUGCCUUUCCUCGACAACCAGGUCAACUUCAGAAACCAGUACAUCCCCGGUUCUGGCGAGGGUCACGCUCUGCAACCUCGUGUUCCUGAGCCUCUGCCUCAAAAGGAUGUCGAGGAGAUUGUCAUGGAUGCCUUCACCAGUGCCGUCGAGAGACACAUUGAGGUCGGUGACGGCCUGCAGAUGAUGAUCAUUACAAAGAACGGUAUCGAAGAGAGAUAUACCCCUCUGAAGCAAGAUUAG